UCAUUUCUCAAAUAACGUUGCUCGAACGUACACGCACAUUACGAUUUGCUCCUCAGAAUUUAACCUGAUAGAUCAUAGUUGUGUCAUUUCAGUUAAAUCAUUUAUUUCUGCAAACUUGUUUAUUGGAAUAACGAACAACAUGCUCAAUACUGGAUCUUCAAAGUAUUUGCAGUUGCCUGCCAAUGACUCGACAGACAUUGGCAAACCAAGUCCUUUGGCUCUUCUGGCUGCAACAUGUCAACGAAUUGGUGCUGGAUCACCACCGACUUCUCAACCCAUGAUGAAGUACCGACCAAGUUCUCCUUCCCCGAGCAUCAGUAAACCUGAGCAACCGACCAGGCGCCCGACUCCACCUCUCGUCUCUGCACCUGUUCGAUCGCCCAUCAUGGCCGUGUCACCACUCGAGAGAGAGGCUCCUGCUGUCUCCAAGUCUCCAGCCGCUGCCUACCAGCUCCCGCUCACUCCUCCAUCAUCGCCUUCACAAGUUGAGAGCAAAGUUUCUCCACCUCCCACCAGCAUGAUGAGUGUGCCCGCUCCAGUCAGCAGCCCAGCCGAACGACUCGGCUUCCCCGCGGAGCACCCGGGUCAUCUUCCUCUUCAGCCCGUUCUACACAUGCCGAGCCUGCAUUACUCGCCAUACACGGUGGUGGUCCCCGGUAUCACUCCGUACUCAAGCUGUGUGAGCCAGUGCCGUUGUACUCCUCAUCUCCCGGCAGUCCACCCCGUGCUCCUGCCAGCCAGCUCCGUCUCCAGUGCCCCACUCCAGCUCCAUCCAGCAGCUCAGAUGUCGCCACCCUUGUCGUUUGGACGCUAUCUGCACCAUCACGACUUCGAAGGUCGGUUCAUGUCGUCUUCUGGAAAGAUCAAGUCUCAUGUUGUGAAAUCGUCCGAACGAUUGUAUCGUCCAUACGAGCUCAGCAAGCCCAUGAGUAGGAAAGCAUUCGUUGAUGAGGAAAUCAUUGAUGUUGUCUCUGUUUAGCUUUACUAGCAGCACCGAACUUUGAUGUACUUUUGAAGUGAAAGUACCUAUACUCUAUAGACACUGAACACCAUGAACUUUAUGAACUGAUUACAGCUGGACUGGAUCUUGUCAAGUUUUUUUUUAUGAUCUUGCCUAUUUAUUGAAGAUGAUUAAAGUUUGGUUUUAUUACCAUUCUGUUUGAAACGAA